GAUCCCACGGAUCCCACAGUAGGUCCACAAACUCGUUGGCGAAAUGACGUCUCCGUUUGACGGUGCUGCCUGUAUCUGGCUCUCCAUAAUUUGGCUCCAGCUGGGUCUCAUCAAUGCAGGUCUGGAAUUCCUAAAGGCUUUCGUACCCCUGCCCCUGGUGCGACUAAGGGAGAUCGAGGAGGAAGAGCGCGAAAUCGAGGGCGAGUGCAGUUUGGGGGCCAUAAGCAUACGAAUGUUUGCCUUCUGAGGACUGGAUUCUAAGCAUUUAUGUACAUAUCAAAAUCUAAAGGCAAAGCAAUUGCUUAAACCACAACAAA